CGUUCGUUAUCGUUUAGGUGUCUCCGACGACUCUCUCUCUCUCUCUCUCUCUCUGCAACAAAGGAGGAAAAAAUGGAGGUAGCAGCAGCGACUGCGACGAGCUUCACAACUUUCCGAGCUCGUACGUCAGCGAUAAUCCCGUCUUCGACACGCAAUCUGAGAUCUAAAGUGAGAUGCUCGUCUUCUUCGCUCAGAGCUUCUCUCUCGAAUGGCUUACUCUCCCCGUACACCGGAGGAAGCAUCUCUAGCGACUUCUGCGGCGCCAAGCUUCGUUCCGAAUCGCUUAAUCCGUUAAAUCUCUCCAGUUCGAAGCCUAAGCGCGGAGUUGUCACUAUGGUUAUACCUUUUUCAAAAGGGAGUGCGCACGAACAACCUCCUCCUGAUUUGGCAUCGUAUUUGUUCAAAAACCGAAUUGUAUAUUUGGGAAUGUCUCUUGUACCUUCAGUCACUGAGUUGAUACUCGCAGAGUUUCUUUACCUUCAGUAUGAAGACGAGGAAAAGCCUAUUUACCUCUACAUAAACUCCACUGGGACGACCAAGAAUGGUGAGAAGUUGGGCUAUGAUACCGAGGCUUUUGCAAUUUAUGAUGUCAUGGGGUAUGUCAAACCACCAAUCUUUACUCUUUGCGUUGGGAAUGCUUGGGGUGAAGCUGCUUUGCUUCUGACUGCUGGUGCUAAAGGAAACCGUUCUGCAUUGCCCUCAUCCACUAUAAUGAUAAAACAGCCCAUUGCUCGAUUUCAAGGCCAAGCAACCGAUGUUGAAAUCGCAAGGAAAGAAAUCAAUCACAUAAAGACAGAAAUGGUCAAGCUGUAUUCAAAGCAUAUUGGUAAAUCCCCGGAGCAGAUUGAAGCUGACAUGAAACGUCCAAAAUAUUUUAGUCCCAGUGAGGCUGUUGAAUACGGGAUCAUUGAUAAGGUUGUUUACAACGAAAGGGGCAGCCAAGACAGAGGAGUUGUGUCCGACCUUAAAAAGGCACAACUCAUCUAAACGUCAGAAGUAUCUUCCAAAAUCCCUCAUGAUUAACAGGUUGUUGGUUUGAGCGCAGAUCAAAGGGGUAAUCGUUGAACCGUUGAUCGGCACAAAACCGAGUUAAAGUCUUGAAAAAUGUGAAAAAUGUUGUGUAGAAUUUUUAGGGUUAUCAAGCAUAGACAAACCUAUUAUGUGUAGGCUUGUGAAUGCCUAGAAACAGAAUUGGUGUAAUUUUCAAUGUUUUGAACUUUUUAAAUUAAUCAACUUCGUCUGCUCA